AUGAAGUCCUUCAGAGACAUCCGCACCCAAAUAUUGCUACUUACUACGGCUGUCGAGAAUGGUCGGGCUACUGGUCUUUGCUUCAAACGAUACAAGGACAACUUGUUCUGGAGGGUCAACCCUGAAUACCUGAACAAGAAUAUGUUUCGGGCUAGUGGUCGUGAGCGAGUCGAUGAUUCUAUCAAACAGGACUUCCUUGGGAUUCUCGAGAGAAUCAAGCACCUUCAUUCUCUUGGCCUUGUGCAUAACGAUAUCAAGCCGGCCAAUAUCACGCUUGAUGAGCAUGGUGUGCCGGUGAUUAUUGAUUUUGGGAGUUGUCGGAAGACAGGGGAGUCAUUGGAGACCAGCCGAGUUGGACAGACGGACGGGUGGCAUGAUCCAGCGAAUGGUCUUGUCUUGGAGAAGAAUGAUCUGGAUGCCUUUGAAGAGUUGAAGACUUGGCUGUUUGGUUCUGUGGAUGAUGCAUAUUUGUUCCACGAGGAAGAUCAGUUGAAGGAGUGA